CAAGUACAAGUGAAAAAAUCGAAACAUUGAUUAACAAAAUCGCUAGAAAUCUAAUCACUAAAAAACAUACUUUUUAAUAAGAAUUUUGUAGCAAUUUCAUUGUACCGCUAAACUUAGCUAAAGGAUCUUUAAUGUUAAUAUAAAAAUAAAAACAAAAAGUUUCCCAAGGUAAAGAAUAGCCUCACCAUCAUCAUCAUUGUUCAUAUAUAGAAAUUCAUCGCAAAGUUUACAUUGUGCCCAAGUUUUUAUCGAAUCUCCUCUUGUUGGCGGUAAAAGGGAUUCCUUGGAAAUUUGGUUUGUGCCACUGCAUUGAUGCGUAAGCCUAUGAAUUUAUACGCGCAUCGUUAAAACGGAAACACUUUAAAUAGCUGUAGUCUCUACUGGACUAUGUCUAAGCAUUUGCAUUACGAAAAUAAACAGUUGUUUACAUAGCCAUGGCUGCGACGAGAAGGUUGCAAGGUGAAAUUGAUCGAUGUCUGAAAAAAGUUGCGGAAGGUGUUGAAACAUUUGAGGAUAUAUGGAAAAAAGUACAUAAUGCCACCAACAGUAAUCAAAAAGAAAAGUAUGAGGCCGAUCUCAAAAAGGAAAUUAAGAAGCUACAAAGACUUCGCGAUCAAAUAAAAUCUUGGAUUGCAUCAGCAGAAAUCAAGGAUAAAAGUUCUCUUCUUGAAAAUAGAAGGCUUAUUGAAACACAAAUGGAACGUUUCAAAAUUGUCGAACGAGAGACAAAAACAAAAGCCUACUCAAAAGAAGGUUUGGGUGCUGCACAAAAAAUGGAUCCUGCCCAGCGAAUUAAGGACGAGGCCCGCAAUUGGUUGACGAAUUCCAUAAGCUCAUUGCAAAUACAAAUUGAUCAGUACGAAAGUGAGAUUGAAUCAUUGCUGGCAGGCAAGAAAAAACGUCUGGAUCGAGACAAACAGGAACGCAUGGAUGAAUUAAGGUCAAAAUUGGAUCGUCAUAAAUUUCAUGUAACAAAGUUGGAAACGCUAUUACGUCUGUUGGAUAAUGAUAAUGUGGAGGCGGGACAGGUCAAUAAGAUCAAAGAUGAUGUUGAGUACUACAUUGAUUCAUCACAAGAUCCCGAUUUCGAGGAGAACGAAUUCAUAUACGAUGAUAUUAUUGGCAUCGACGACGUUGAAUAUUCAGGUACAGGUGUCUCCCUUGGUAUUCCAUCAUCAGCAACAACCGACAGUAAUAAUAGUAACGAAACCAGCGGCUCACCAAGUAGUAUAACAUCCGGCGGCAGUCCAGUUCAAUCGCCCUUGCCCUCACAGCAGCAGCGGGAUCAACAGCAGCAGGCCUCAAACACCAGCGGCAGUGGAGGAGGAUCGGCCCAUCAGCAAAUCAAUUUGAAUUAUUCAAGCGAUUCAACAGCAGCCGAUGGCACGGCCAAGGAUAAACACAAUAAGAACGAGAGCAACAACAACAGUAAAGCCAAGCAACCCGUUAAACCAACCGCUGUACGAGCUAAUAAUAAAGGGGCUAUCGGAGCAUCAGAUGUUACCGUGGCGAAAAUUAUUAGUUCUACGCCUAGUAAAAAUCCUCAUCAACAGCAGCAGCAGCAGCAACAACAACAACAACAACAUCAUCCUACACAACAACCAACAGCGGCCGCAGUCGUGGCGGCCUCCGUUAUCGUUGGCAAUCAUACAAGUUCGAACAACAUAAAUACAUCAAGCGGAGCAACAACGUUAGCUGCUGCUGUAGCAGCUGCGGGUCACAAUCCAUCGGUACAACAGCAUGCGCCAGCGCCUACGUUACAAGGUAAUCCCACAUUAGCGUCUGUUGCGGCAUCAUCAACAAAUUCCAGCAAUGCAACACAAAUUCAAGGCCAAUCUGUGAUUCAAGCUACACCUACAAUUGCGUUUUCAGCAGUUGCUAAACAUAAUACAUCACUUCUUGAAAAUGGUCCUGUGCUUGCAGCGUCCUAUGCUAUUGUCGGUAGUUCAGCACAGCAACAACAAUUAACAAAUCUUCAAGCUAAUUCCUCUCAUUUACAAAAUGCCCACAAUACUUCCAAUAAUUCUGCGGUAGGUAGCAUUGCGAAUGUAGUGCAGCAAGGAGCAAAUGCAGCGAGUGUCAAUAAUUUGGUAACAAGCGUGGCCAAUUGCAUUUCACCCAAUGGUAUGAGCGGUUUGCAGCAGGUUCUUAACGCACAGCAACAAGGUAUUCUGGGAUUAGGUGGAACAAAUACAAAUGCCCGAGCUUCACCGGGACUGCUGUCGCCCAAACACAUGAACGGAAAUUCUGUGGAUGCUAUCUCAUUGAAAACCAUGGCUCAAGAAGCCAUCAAUCGAUCUGUGAUCGAUACGAAUAGCCUUUCACAACAGCAGGCAUCUAGUAUGGAUAAUAGGCAACAACAACAGCAGCAGCAGCAGCAACAACAGCAGCAGCAACAACAGCAAGUACUACAACAGCAUUUCACAUCCGAGACAACUGCCAAUACACUUCAGCAACAAGCGAACACAGCCACGGCUCUUGCCGCUGCUGUAGCAGCCUCAACAAAUGGCCCCUCAUCGGUGUCGGUGGUCGGCAGUAAUGGUGGUGGUAGUGGUGUUGUUGGUGGCGGCGCUGGUAGCGGCGGCAGCGGGGUAGUCGGUCCCAUUGGUAGUAGUUUAAAUGCAUCGGCUUUAACAAAUGCUGCCGGUCAGCAGCCCAUAGGCGCAGGUGCAUCAUCUGCAAAUAGUAAACAAUUAGCCCAACAGCCCACAAACGAAGCACACAUACCACCACUGCUUGGUGUGGCACCAUUAGGCCCCUCACCCCUACAAAAAGAACAUCAACUUCAAUUCCAAAUGAUGGAAGCCGCCUACUAUCAUCUACCAUCCCCUAAUGAUUCUGAAAAACUAACCACAUAUUAUCAUCGUACGCCAGUGCCGACACCACCGCACUAUCCACAGCAACAACUUCCAAUCUACGAUACCGUUGAAUUUUAUCAACGUCUCUCAACGGAGACACUAUUCUUUGUUUUUUACUACAUGGAAGGAUCGAAGGCUCAAUAUUUGGCAGCUAAGGCAUUGAAAAAACAAAGCUGGCGUUUCCAUACAAAAUAUAUGAUGUGGUUCCAGCGGCAUGAGGAACCCAAAAUUAUCAAUGAUGAUUACGAACAAGGUACGUACAUCUAUUUUGAUUAUGAAAAAUGGAGUCAACGAAAAAAGGAAGGAUUCACUUUUGAAUACAAGUACUUAGAAGACAAGGAGCUAAAUUGAUUGACUUGAAUGGAUGAGAGAAACACACAUACAACAUACACACACAAAACAAAAUAAAUACAAAAAGAAAAACAUUUUAAAAGAAAAACCAACCAGCCAACAAACAACAUUGAUUUCAAAUGGAUCUUCAAAAAAAAAAACAAAAAAAAAGAAAUGAGAAAAACAAUAACAAAAAUCCAACUUAAAGCACCAGCUGCAAUAAGGAUAAUCCAAACAAACAACAACAACAACAACAAAAAGUCCCCAUGUAAAAAGAUACUGCUUAACAACAAUGUCAUUGCAUAUAUAAUUACUUUUUUCCCCCUUUAAUUCUUUAAUUAUUACUUUCUACAUUCUCUCCCCCUUUACUUUUUUGUCUGUUCUCAAUCACGAAAUAAGAAUAAGAAAUAAGAAAAAAAUUAAAUUUUUAAUGAA